AUGGAAUCUCUGGCCAUUUAUUCGGACGAAAAGAGUUUAUACUGUCCAGACAAUAGCAGUACUAGUGCGAGCGAAGACUCCGCCUCGGUCAGUUGUAAUGCGGCUGUGGAUCUCAGUAUUCGCCGAAAUGCACUUAACGAAUUCCUUACGGUUUCUGGAAUCAAUUGUAUACCAGUGUCUCGAAAGCCUUUUAGUCAGUUAACGAAACGUUCACAGAAUACUCAUGUCUCCAUAGCAACUGAGUCUAUUAUAGCUUUACUUGAUGUAAUUGGCCUGGUGAUGGAGGAGCUUUAUGGGAAGCGACCAAGAGGGCUAAGCUGGUUGAAAAAAACUUGA